CCUGGGAGGGAACUCACCAGAAACUGGCCCGGAGAUCCUUGCCCGGGAAAACGCCCACUGCGGUGCUGGGGGGAAAGGCCACGCCGCCAUGCCUGGCUCUGGGCCCCACCGAGCCCUCUUCCUGUUGCUACUGCUGCCGGCUGCACUGGCUGUUCCCCUGGAGCGUGGGGCGCCCAGGAAGGAGGAGAACCCCGCCACCGAGAGCCCGGACACGGGCCUGUACUACCACCGCUACCUCCAAGAGGUCAUCAACGUGCUGGAGACAGAUGGGCACUUCCGGGAGAAGCUGCAGGCAGCCAAUGCUGAGGACAUCAAGAGUGGUAAGCUGAGCCGAGAGCUGGACUUUGUCAGCCACCAUGUCCGCACCAAGCUGGACGAACUAAAGCGACAGGAGGUGUCCCGGCUACGCAUGCUGCUGAAGGCCAAGAUGGACGCAGAGCAGGAGCCCAAUGUGCAGUUGGAUCACUUGAAUCUCCUGAAGCAGUUUGAACACCUGGACCCUCAGAACCAACACACCUUUGAGGCCCGUGACCUGGAGCUGCUGAUCCAGACAGCAACCAGGGACCUCGCACAGUAUGAUGCUGCCCACCACGAGGAGUUCAAACGCUAUGAGAUGCUCAAAGAGCAUGAGAGGCGCCGUUACUUGGAGUCACUGGGAGAAGAGCAGAGGAAGGAGGCCGAGAGGAAGUUGGAAGAGCAGCAGCGCCGGCACAGGGAGCACCCCAAAGUUAAUGUGCCUGGCAGCCAAGCCCAGUUAAAGGAGGUCUGGGAAGAGCUGGAUGGAUUGGACCCCAACAGAUUUAACCCCAAGACAUUCUUCAUAUUGCAUGAUAUCAACAGUGAUGGUAUCCUGGAUGAGCAGGAGCUGGAGGCCCUCUUCACCAAGGAGUUGGAAAAGGUGUAUGACCCUAAGAAUGAGGAAGAUGACAUGCGGGAGAUGGAGGAGGAGCGGCUGCGCAUGCGGGAGCACGUGAUGAAGAAUGUGGACACAAACCAGGACCGCCUUGUGACUCUGGAGGAGUUCCUUGCAUCCACACAGAGGAAGGAGUUUGGGGACACCGGGGAGGGUUGGGAGACGGUGGAGAUGCACCCAGCGUAUACAGAGGAGGAGCUGAGGCGGUUUGAAGAGGAGCUGGCUGCCCGCGAGGCAGAACUGAAUGCUAAGGCCCAGCGCCUCAGCUUGGAGACCGAGGCCCUCGGGCGAUCCCAGGACCGCCUGGAGGCCCAGAGGAGAGAGCUGCAGCAGGCUGUCUUACAUAUGGAACAGAGGAAGCAGCAGCAGCAGCAGCAGGAAGGUCAUAACGCUCCACCCGCCAACCCUGAGGGACAGCUCAAGUUCCACUCCGACACAGAUGAUGUUCCUGUCCCAGCCCCGGCCGGUGACCAGAAGGGUGUAGAGGCUGCAGAACAGAAGGUUCCAGAGCAGUCCCCAGAGCUGCCCCAGCUGGAUUCCCAGCAUCCAUGAUCCUUUGGAGCUGAGGGGCCAUGAGUUCCCACUGACAACAGCCGAUGGCACAUCACAAGGCUUCUCUGUGGACCAGCCCGGGGAGGGGACCCGAGGCAUUUCAGGCAUCGCUGCUUAGGCCCAGUGUCUGUCUUUUAUCUGCUAGCAGCUUUUAUACUCUUCAAGUCUGCGGUCCCUUCUUUCUGUCCCUCUCCAAGGGACCUGCCUCUUCUUGUGUCCAGUCAGGGAUUUGCUGUACCAGAUGGGAUUCAGGACCCCUCUCCCCCCACACACCCGUAAACCCCAGGGAGCAUGAACUAUAGGUCUGUCCUUCCCUGCUGGUUGGCACUCAGCUUCCCAGACUGGGGGCUCAUCCUGUACCAGUCACAGGCUGCUGGGCCCGGUUCCUGGAGCCUUAUGGUCCCUCCAGGCCUCCUCUGUGGGCCCAGAGAAGUCUCUAUCUUGUGCAGAGGGAUGCUAAGAGACACUACGCAACCUCAGCAGAACCACAAUGCUGCUUUCCAAGGCCAUACUCUCCCUGGGACCUUCACUUCCAGUUACCUCAGCUUCAGCCUCCUCCCUGACUUCCUGGCCCUGUCUGGCCCUGUCCCAGGUUCGGCUCCUAGGCUAGGAGUCAGGUCUGUCCACCUUUCUGUCUGCCUCUCCUUGCUGUUAGCUGCUAUGUUCUAUUCCAUCCAAAUACACAAUUCAGAACAAA